AUGUAUCAUUUAUUGCUGGCGAUGAUGUUGAUUGGUGUAAAGAGCUCGUCCGAAUCAAGAGCCGUCAUUCAAGAUGGAUACUGGCCUGUCAAACUGUUGGCACUGGCUACAUUAUCAGUAGUAUCAUUCUUUAUACCAAACAAAUUCUUCCAAUACUAUGGCUGGGUAUCUCUUGGUGGUGCCGCCUUCUUUAUCCUCAUCCAAUUGGUACUGCUCAUUGAGUUUGCCUACAGUAUCAACCAGAGAUGGGUGGAGAAGUUGGAGGACGAAGGUCACAUCACCAACAGAUACUAUGUCCUGCUCAUCGUAUUCACAUUCGGAUCAAUCAUAUUGGCAUUGGCACUAUCAAUUGUUAUGUUAGUCCUUUGGAGCAAGACAUCCCAGUUGAACCAAUUCUUCAUUGUCUUUAACAUGGCUCUAUCAUUUAUCAUUGGAGUACUAUCUAUCAAUGAAAGGAUAAGAGAACAUAGACCAUCAUCAGGACUACUACAAUCGGGUGUAGUUAUGUUCUACGCUGCUUACCUUGUAUUCAGUGCUAUAAUGAGUGAGCCAGCUAUGACUGGCGACCCAAAGACACCACAGAUAGUCAUUGGUGCUGUGUUCACUAUCAUCUCGGUCUGUUAUUCAGCCUUUAGAGCAUCAGACUCCAACGACGUACUUGGUAGAUCUGAUUCUGGAUCAAGUUACUCAAGCCUACCAACAAUCAACUCAUCAUCGGUGCAAGACGAUGACGAUGGAGAGGGUCAUAUCAUGGGUUCAGAGAUGGAUGAUGAUGAGAAAGAUGGAGUUGCCUACAACUACUCAUUCUUCCACAUAACAUUCGCUUUGGGUGCUAUGUACAUUGGUAUGCUACUCACCAAUUGGUCCACUAUCUCUGGUCUUGACAACAAUGGCAAUCUUAACGUCGACUCUGGAAUGGUAUCAGUCUGGGUCAAGAUUGUCAGUUGUUGGUGUGUCCACAUACUUUACUUCUGGACACUAGUUGGACCUACUUUGUUCCCAAAUAGAGUUUGGGAU